ACUAGUGAAACGUGUAAACGGAAAGCAAUACGGGCAGCGAAAAACGCUCAAUAAAAAAAUUUAUUUACAUACAAGAAAAUUCCCAAUAAAAAUUGUUUUAAUAAAACCGAUAUAAAACUGAGCUAAAAUACAUAAAUAGUAUAUAAUAUACAUAUGUGGAUAUGUAUAUUUAUGUUUAGUUGAAUGAGUGAGCAAGUGAAGCAGCGAAAGGAAAAAAAGCAAAGAAGGAAAAGGUUGUGGCAUAAAAAAAGGAAGUAGAAGAAGCAGCAACAGCAGCAGCAACAGCAUUAUUGUUCACACAAGAGGAAAAAGUUCUGAAAAAAAAGUGUCGUAAGUAGUGCACCAAAAAACAGGAGUAGAAAAGUGAAAAAAAUAUAAUAAAAACUGUGGAAAGAAAUUAUACAAAGUGUUCGUGCUCAAUGCCUUAAUGCAAGCGCGUGUAGCAGCGGCGAGGGUAAUUGGGACAGCUUCAGCGAAGGCAGCCAAGACUGCAAAGGAGGCAGCCAGGACUUCGACACUUUAGACGGCUUACAUAGAUGAUAUGUUAAACGCUGGUGAUAUCAUUCAACGGCAAUGCCAAAAACUAGCUGAACUAACUCCGGUAAUCUACACAUGCAUCACACAGAAUUUGUUAUCACACGCAGGUGGCACAGUAAAACUGAAAAACGUGAGGGGAAAGCACAACAAUAACAACUGAAAGGUCGGCAAUAAUCAACAAAAUUGAUUUAUAAUUAGAAAAAGAAAACAAAAACUGCAAUCCUUACAAACCCUUUUAAACACAGACACACACACGUAUACUGAAAGACAUACCUAUCCCCAAAACCAACCACUGUACAUAUCUACAUACAUACAGGCAAGCACAUUUUUGCAAAAACACCUACAUACACACCUUCUUCCCCUAUCAAACAUUAACAAAUUAUUCGGUUUUUAUGAGGCACCAUCAGACACGCACCUACCAAAGCUCACAAAUGAAAUUCUUACCUAAAAAUAUGCACUACUCGCAUGCAGCUAUGAAUCUGAUAAAUAUGGAUUCGGAAAAUCGGGUCGUGCUGAAUGUGGGCGGCAUUCGGCACGAAACGUAUAAGGCGACAUUGAAGAAAAUACCCGCCACAAGAUUGUCACGCCUCACCGAGGCAUUAGCCAAUUACGAUCCUAUAUUGAACGAAUAUUUCUUCGAUCGACAUCCGGGAGUCUUUGCUCAAGUACUAAACUACUAUAGAACCGGCAAGCUGCACUAUCCAACAGACGUUUGCGGGCCUUUGUUCGAAGAAGAACUCGAGUUUUGGGGCUUAGAUUCGAAUCAAGUAGAGCCGUGUUGUUGGAUGACUUAUACACAGCAUAGAGACACACAAGAGACAUUGGCGGUAUUAGAUCGUCUGGAUUUAGAUACAGAAAAACCGUCCGAAGAGGAAUUAGCGCGUAAAUUCGGCUUCGAGGAGGACUACUACAAGGGUACAUUGUCUUGGUGGCAGGAAAUGAAGCCGCGCAUCUGGUCGCUCUUCGAUGAGCCGUACAGUUCGAAUGCGGCCAAGACAAUCGGUGUCGUUUCGGUAUUCUUCAUUUGUGUAUCCAUAUUAUCAUUCUGCCUGAAAACACAUCCCGAUAUGCGUGUGCCAUACCUCGUUAAUACAUCGGUGAAUACGGCCAAUGGUAAUAUGGCUUGGUAUAUCGAUAAGCCACAAACAAAUGCGCAUAUAGCUUUCUUUUAUAUCGAAUGUGUUUGUAAUGCCUGGUUCACGUUCGAAAUACUGGUUAGAUUCAUAUCCUCGCCAAAUAAAUGUGAAUUCAUAAAGUCAUCUGUUAACAUCAUAGAUUAUAUAGCAACGCUUAGUUUUUAUAUCGAUCUUGUGCUUCAACGGUUCGCCUCACAUCUAGAGAAUGCCGACAUAUUAGAAUUCUUCUCGAUAAUACGUAUUAUGCGUCUAUUUAAAUUGACGCGCCAUUCGUCCGGCCUUAAAAUUCUAAUACAAACGUUUCGUGCAUCGGCAAAAGAGCUCACGCUGCUGGUGUUUUUCCUCGUAUUGGGCAUUGUGAUUUUCGCAAGCCUAGUUUACUAUGCGGAACGUAUACAACCGAAUCCGCAUAAUGAUUUUAAUAGUAUUCCGUUGGGUCUGUGGUGGGCACUGGUCACAAUGACCACCGUCGGUUAUGGUGAUAUGGUGCCGAAGACCUAUAUUGGUAUGUUUGUGGGCGCAUUGUGUGCGCUUGCCGGUGUGCUAACGAUCGCACUGCCCGUACCCGUCAUUGUGAGCAACUUUGCCAUGUACUACUCGCACACGCAAGCACGAGCCAAACUGCCGAAGAAACGGAGAAGAGUGCUUCCGGUUGAACAGCCCCGUCCACCAAGGCUGCCAGGUCAAACGGGCGGCGUCAGCGGCUGCGGUACACCCGGCUCUGGUCCACAUUCGGGGCCUAUGGGAUCUGGCGGCACCGGUCCGCGUCGCAUGAACAAUAAAACUAAGGAUUUGGUUAGUCCGAAAUCAGGUCCUAUUGGCGCCAGCAUUGUGGCGAUGAGUCCGCGCACCAUGUUAGACUUGAAUCCAGCAUUGGCGAUGGGCAAACCCACAUUCGAAUCAAAAGGUCCACCAAUAACCAGCAAGGAUACGAUUAAGGACACAACAAACAUACGAAAUCCACAAGAUGCUGGCGGCAUAAAGAACUUUUUAUAGAUAUAGUAGUAUUUGUAUAAAGAAAAGCAAAAACAACAACAAAUAGAAAAACUAGUAAUUAAAAACAUAAAAAUAAAAAUUAAAGCAAAAAUAAAAUGAAACGUAUGCGCAACAAGAAAUUUGUCUAAACUCGCCGCAGAGGAGGAGGAGGAGGAGGAGGAUUAGAAGGCGUAGGGCGAAGAGCAAGAGUUGAACAUCGCAGAACCAUGAAUUGAAAACCAAAUUGCAUUUAAAUUAAUUGACUAACUAAUUUAAAUACUAUUUAGCUAAAGACAAAUUAGUAAAAAAAA